AUGGCUACUGUUCCCAGUGGUUCUAAACAACCCGUUUGCGUUCCUGAUAAUGUUACCGGCAAUAAGGUGGUACAUUGGAAAAUACACCGUCGACAACUUGUUAACCCAUCGGUUUCUAUCUGUGAACUUGUUGAUGACACAUCUGAUAAGAUAGACAUUAAAGCUCCUGGCUAUGGUUGGGUAACAAAGAUGAAAGAUGAAGGUACCACAGUUGCUCCUGGGUGUGUCCUAUUCAACUUCCUACCAUGCACACAUCAUGUUGUGAUGAAAGAUUUGUGUGCAGAGUGUGGUGCGAAUUUACGUAGAGAAGGGGGUAUAUCAGGUGAGAGAAUUACUGAUGCAAGUGCUAGUAUACCAAUGGUACAUGCAAUCCCAGAACUUCACGUCAGUGAAACAGUUGCCGAUGAAAUUGCUCUACAGGAUCAACAAAGUUUAUUAGCUGCUCGUAAACUUGUUUUACUGGUUGAUCUUGAUCAAACAAUCAUACAUACAACUAAUGAUCCACAGGCUUUUAAAUAUAAAAAUGUACAUCGAUAUCGUUUACCAGGAUCACCACUUGUUUAUCAUACACGUUUAAGACCUCAUUUAGAAAAAGUUUUAGAUUGUCUUAGUCAAUAUUAUCAAAUGCAUAUUUGCACAUUUGGUAAUCGUGUCUAUGCGCAUCAACUUGCGUCAAUGAUUGAUCCAAAGCGUAGAUAUUUUUCACAACGUAUUCUAUCACGAGAUGAAUUUUUUAAUCCAGUUACAAAGUCAGCAAAUUUAAAAGCAUUAUUUCCUCGUGGUCUCAAUCUAGUUUGUAUUAUUGAUGAUCGUGGUGAAGUAUGGGAUUGGUCGCCUAAUUUAAUUCAUGUUAAACCUUAUCGCUUCUUUCCAGAUAUUGGUGAUAUUAAUGCUUUUCCAUGGUCAUUACAAUCAUCAUCAUCAUCAUCACCAUCGCCGUUGUCAUCAAUGCCUACUUCAUCAUUAUCAUCUACAACAACAACAACAACACCUACAACAACUACUACUACUACCACUAGUAUAAGUAGUAUAUCAACCACAACAUCGACUGUCACAGAAUCCUCCUCAGUAUCUCAAUCAAAUUGUUCAGAUGUCAAUCUUAUAGAUAAAUCUAAUGAAAAAUCCAAUUCACAAUUGAAUUCAACUAAUGAGAAUCAAGAAACAAUAGAAAUGAAUUCAACUAACAAUGAUGACAAUACUACUGCUACUACUGCUGGUACACGUGACAUUAGAACUAAUGAAGAACCAAUUGGUUGUACAUUGGAUAUAACUAAUAUUACUACUGUAAAUAAUAAUCCUGUGGAAAUUUGUCAACUGCCAUCAACUCAAGCAAACAUGACAAUCGAUCUAUCUGAUCAACCCACUGCUAAUAUUUGCGACUCUACUGACAAUACUACUACUAACACUACUACUAACAAUAAUUCUACUACUAUCGCUACCAUUAUUACUGAUAAUGAAGUUCAAUUUACUUCUACUGAAGAAGAGAUUAACAAUGAUAAUGAUAAUAAUACUAAUACUAAUGAUUUAUCAUCUAAAAUCAAAGAGAUCGAAUUAGAAAUGGAUGCUGAAGAUGAAGAUUAUUUAUUACGUUUACAAGAGAUUCUAUUAAGAAUUCAUAGAAAUUAUUUUAAAACUUAUGAUUUAUGGCAAGCACAUCAUCAACAACAACGUCAAACAACAACAACAACACUGAUGACAAAAUCUCAAGAGAAUAAACAUAGCGAUCAUUCAAUAAACCAUUCAUCUACUACAAUGAAUAAUAUAUCCCGUAAAAAUCUCUUCUCCUCAACAAACUCAUCUGGCGCCGCCGUAGAUACACUGUCCACAUAUUUACCGCAUGUAUCUGAUAUUAUAGCUAAAUUACGCAAAACUGUACUUGGUCCCAGUUGUCAUAUUACAUUGUCUGGUUUAUCACCUGCACAUUUUCCUGCUGAUCAAUGUUUAGCUGGUCGAAUUGUACGCAGUUUAGGUGGUAUAUUACAUGCCAGUUUAAGAUUACCUUCUAUUUGUGAUCAGUCAAAUGGGAAUGCUGAUAAUAACAAUUUGGAUAAUGAUACUACUACUACUACUAACAACAAUAAUAUGAGUAGUAAUAGUAGUACACCUCUGUCAAUUAACAGUCUCGAUGCAAAAUCACAUUCACAUCCUCUUCCUGCUGCUACUAGUACUACUACUACUCAUCAUCAUCAUCAUCAUCAUUAUACAACACAUUUAAUUGCUUGUCGUCGAGGUACCGAAAAAGUACAUGCUGCAUUAAACUAUCUCAAAUUGAAUAAUAAUAAUAGCAGUAGCAGCAAUAAUAAUCAUAAUUUGCCUUCACAUUCAUCACUUCAUCUUAUUUCACCAAAAUGGUUAUGGUCAUGUCAUUAUCAUUGGAAUCAUGUGAAUGAAUCAAAUUAUCCAUUAAAUCAAGAUUAUCAUCCAAGUGAUUUUGAUCCAGCUAUUGAACCAAUUCCUGGUACUAUACGAUAUGCUAGACGUAUGCGUCGACAUUAUCAACAUCAUCCGGAUCAACAACAACAACAACAACAACAUUCUUCUCAUAAUAAGAAUGAUGAUCAUCGUUCACGUCACCAUCAUCGUCAUGGUCAUCGCCAUCGUCAUCAUGAACAUCGUGCACAUCAUCGCCAUCAUCAUCAGCAUCAUCAUACUCAUACUCACCAUACUCAUAAACAUCAUCAUCAAUCCAUAGUAUUGCCUAAUAUUAAUGAUGAUAUUGAACAGAAAAUACCUCCGCUUGAUCCAAGUGUAGUUCGUUCUGCUUUGGAUUCCAUUCGUACAGAACGAGAAAAUGAUCGUAAAAAGCGUAAAUUGAAAAAAAGAUCAAAAAAUAAAAAAUCUCACAAACGAUCUCGUCAUGAUGCAGAUGGUGAUGGUGAACAUGAGAAGAAUAUUUCAUUGAUUGAUAAUGUAACUACAAAUGAUCAAACUGAAUUAUUAUCUGGAAAUGAAAGUUCAUCAUCAUCUCCAUCAUUGAAAUCCGAUUCUUCCAUAGAAUCCGAUCAUCAUCAGCAACCGCCAAAUAAACAACCAACUGAAUCACCGUCAUCAUCAUCAUUAUCACCAUCCAUGGAUGAUGAUUAUACAAGCCAUGAAAAUGUUAGUUCAUCAGUUAAUUCCAAAUUAGCAUGUUUAUUCAAUGAAACAUUGUGUGAUCAUCACAAGGAAAUUGAUUGUUUUGAUAGUGAUACUACUACUACUAAUAGUGAAAAUUGUAAUCUAUGUAAUUUUAAUAAACUAAUCAAUAAAAAUCCAAUCAAGCCGCCUGAUUCAUGUGUUACUGAGAUUAAAGAUGAAGGUGAUCAAGAUUUUAAUGAAUAUCCAGCAGUAGAAAAUUUCAUGGAAUUCGACCACCACGAGCACGAGCACAACGACGACGGCGAUGACGAUAAUCAUAAUAAUAAUGAUGAUGAAGCGGGAGGAGGAGGAGGAGAGAGAAAAGAAGUAAGAGAGGCCAGAGAAAAUACAAGGCAUUAUGAUGGAGACACUGAAAAAGAUGAUGAUGAUGAUGAUGCCGAAGAGGAGGAAGAGGAUGAGGAGUAUUCUGAUUUGAUCAAUGAACAAACUGAAGCCGAUAUCGACGACGAGGAGGAUGAUGAAGAAGAAGUUCAAGUUCAGCUGAGUGACUAUUUGCCGCCUCCAACAACUUUAGUGCUAGCUGAUAAUCCUUUGAUGCAUUUACCUCCAGAUGCAACUAGUAAAAUGCUCGCUGAAAUUGAAGAUGCUGUUUUAGAAGAAGUAACUGAAAAAGCUACAUCUGUUCCUCGAGAAGCUGAACUCUAUGAUCCAGCUGUAGAUAGUUUCAAUGAUCUUUCAUCAACUGACUCUUCGUCGGACAAUCAAACUUCCAUGAUUGAAUUAACUAAAUUUCAUAAAUCACAUAUUUCCACAAAUGAAUUACCGAAAAAUCCAAUCGAAUGUGAUCGUAAAACAUUAAAUUGGCAGGUACAAAGAGAAUUACUUGUACGUAGACGUUAUCGUGCAUCACCUGUGGAAACAACUAAAAUUGAUCGAAAAAUUCAUCGUCUAGAUCAACGUUUUCGUAGAGCAAGUCGACGUCGACGUUCAUGUGAUGAUCUAUUGAUAUUUGAACCAAUCAAGCCAUUGAACAGUAACAAUGAUAAUUUCUUUAAUGAAUCUGACAGUGAUUGUGAUUCAUAUGAUGCUGAUUAUCCAAAAGGUUGGGGUCCUGAUGAACAACACGUUCGUAAAGUUUCAAGUCGUAAACAUUGGCUUAUUGAUUCACAUCAUCAUCAUAAAUCUCUUCGUUUAUCUGUUUCACCAGCCAUUCACUCUGAUCCUGAACCAAAUAUGAAUUGGUGGAUACAACAAGAUACAGAAGACGCUGAAACUAAAGAAUGGAACACAUGUCCUGAAGGUUAUGAUUAUGCUGAUGCUGAACGUACACGUGAAAUACUUUAUAAUUCACGACGUGAUAGAUAUAAAUCAUGUAAGAAAUAUACUAGAAAUAAUCAUAAUAAGAAGCAUACAACUUAUCCAAACCGUGGUCAUGGUAAUUUAUUAACACGAUGUCUAUUCGGUGCAGAUGAUAAUCCUGAAGAUGUUGUCAAUCAAUCAAGUAGUGCAGACGAUGACGACGAAGAUGAUGAGGAUGUGGGAGAUGUGAUAGGUCCAGUGUCCGACGUAUCGAUCGGUGAAGAUUCCGUGGAAUUAGGCAAUGAUGAUGAAGAUGAUGACGACGAUGAUGAAGAUCUCACUGAUUAA